AUAUUCAAGUAGGAAAUAAGGCUUUUAUAGUUUCAUGUGGUUUUAUCAAAAAUGUAGUUGUUUGAUUCUGUGAUUGUUUUUGCAUUUUUGGGGUUAAUUCAAACUGUCAUGAAACAAUAAAUAAGUUUGUUAUGAGAUGUUUUGAGAUUAGGUUGAACAUUAUCACUAAUGUGAAUUCAAAAUAAUUUUGUUGACGACGAAUUUUACUCAUUGAAUUUAUAAUGGAACAUUCGAACACAUAUAUUGUACUUUCUGCGAAUAAUGAUGAAUCUAACCAUUUCCUCCCAAAUCAGUUUACUGGUUAUCUCCCCAAUUUAUAUAUUACUGAAACUUGUAGUCAAAAAAAUCUCAAAAAUGUAUCUGUUGUACAUAACAUAGAAGGAAAUGCAAAUAUCGAUGGCGAAAAUUUACUUGAACCACCUGUAUAUUCGAAUAAUGAAGUGGAAAAUUUGCUGGAAGGAUAUACCUGGAUUAAAUGCUCUUUUUGCGGGGAUGUUUUUAGUGAUAUAAAUUUAUAUAUGAUACAUGAAAAAACCCACCAAAACAAAAAUGAAUUUGAAUGCUCCAAAUGUAACAAAUCCUUCAGCAAAGAAAAUUUAUAUAAAAAGCACAUAAUGACUCAUCUGAACGAUAAGACUUUCAACUGUGCUAUUUGUAAUAUUGGUUUCAAUUUUGAAAAUAAUUAUAGAGUGCAUAUGGCUAUACAUGGAAAUUCAUUGGUUUGUCCUAUAUGUGAAUUAUCCUUUCAAAGAAAAGCUAGUUUGAAAUCUCAUCUAGCUAUUCACCAAGUUGAGGAAUUAUUUUCAUGUCCAGAAUGUGCAUCUGAAUUUUAUAAUAUGGUGGAAUUGAAAAAACACAUUAAAACACAUUCUAUACAGUCUAACAAUAAGGAGGGAUUAAUAUGUAACUAUUGUAAAGUAGAAUUUGAGACUCCAGCUCUAUUGAAAGAACAUAUAAUCUGUCAUAUGAAGGUGAAAAAACUUGUGUUCAAUGGGAGAAAAACAACAAAAAAUCAUGUUAAACAAAGAAAACUCAAGCAUUGUUGUAAAGUUUGUGGUAAAUCUUUUCCUAAGUUGUCUCUAUUAGAAAGACAUUUACGUAUUCAUAAUGGUGAACGUCCAUUUGUGUGUCAAAUUUGUUCAAAAGGCUUCUCUCAAAAAGGAACCCUGCAAAUUCAUCUAUCCAAACAUACUGGUAUAAAACCAUUCUCCUGUACAUUAUGUCCAGCCAAGUUCUAUCAGAAGUGCAAUUUGAAAGUACAUGUUCAAAAAACACAUACUGCUACGUCAGAAGGAGAGAAAACUUUCAAAUGCCCUGAGUGUCAUAGCAUUUUUAAGAGAGUAGCCUCAUUGAAUGGACACAUGAGGAAAUUCCAUGCAGACACUAGCCCUAUCACUAUAACUACAGUUAUUGAUCAAUUGAAGAAUCUAGAAAAACAAUUAGGUGGAAAUAAUGUAGAAUCAGAAACAGGAGGCAGUAAUAAAAAUCCUUCAGUGUUUGAUACCUCUCAAAAGCCAGGCAUCUCCAAUGUCAAUAAAACCGAAAACUAUAAAGUAUAUUCUCUUAUUCAGAAAUAUGAAGGUCCCAAUAAGGUUUACAUUUGUUCUUACUGUGAUAAGGCAUAUAAGAAACCCUCAGAUCUAAUUCGUCAUAUAAGGACCCACACCAAAGAAAAACCAUUCAAGUGCCACUGUGGUAGAUCAUUCGCAUUAAAAUCAACACUUCAAGGACAUAUGCAAAUACAUAAAGGGAAAAAAUGCUCUAACUGUUCGAAAGUUAUUUUUUCUCUCAAAGUAUGGAGAGCUCAUACAAGGAAGCAUCAGGCAGACUCUAUUCAUAAAAAGAACUCAGAGCAAGAAGAAUGUCAGAAUACUGAAGCUUUUUUAAUCUCACCUUUUAAAAGAAAAAAAGUUAUUUCUGAUAAACCAUUCAAAUGCCAAUCAUGUUCAUCAUCUUUUUUGAGAAAAAUGAGUCUAAAACGGCAUAUGCGGCUACACACUGGAGAAAAAACACACAAGUGUGAGACCUGUUCAAGAUUAUUCAUCUCUGCCUAUACUUUAAACAAGCAUAUGAAAUCCCAUACAGCUCUCAAAAAUUUCAGUUGCGAUUUGUGCAACAAAAGUUUCAUGAAACAAUCUUUAUUGAAACGUCAUUAUUCGACACAUGAUGAGACAAAGCCAUAUGAAUGUCCAUAUUGCUCGAAAAGAUAUAAAGAAUUAGUAACUUGCAGAAAACAUAUUGAUACUCAUGGAAAUUUUAGUGAAGAUCAGAAUGGAGUGCAUCAGGAGAGCAAUACCCUCAUUGCUGCAGAAAAUCCUUCUACGAAUAACUCCUCGAAUGAAUUAUCACAUAAAACAACAUUAUUGAGAGAAAAUACAAAUAGUGUCGUUUUUGAUGAUUUUCUUGGCAUACAGCAGGAAAAUAGAGAAAUAAUUAAUUCAGUAUUAGAAUCAGUGCAAACUAUUGAUCAACCAACAACAGUUACAGAUUCACCCUCACUUUUAGAUUCUGGCCAGAAUCAAAAUCUCCAAACCAUUUUGGUGAGUUGUCCAGAAUUACAAAAUGGAGAGGUAUUGAAUAAUUAUUUCCUUUCCCAGUUCGAUCUACAGACCAAUGAUGCUGUCAUAAUAAAUUCAAUAAAUGAUAAUAAUGAACAACCUUCCAUUGUUUUAAACAUACAAAAUCUCAAUGUUAAUUCAUUGCCUAAUGUAGAAAAUGUAAUGGGUGCAGAAGCCCGCUCUUGUGAUGACUUAAGUGAAAAUUUUGAUCCUGUUCUCAGUUCAACAAAAACUAGAUCAUUAUUGAUCAGUAAUCAGAUAAUCAAUCCUACUCUAGAUUCUUCAGAAACUUGCAUACAAAAUGAUAUAGGAGAUAAUUUUCUUUCCAACAAUAUUUCAUUAUAUCCAAGUACACAAAUAAAUUUUGACACCCCUUCAGAACUGAAUUCUGAUGCAAUAAAUGUGAUAGACUCUACAGGUGAUACAUUUAGAGAAGAUGUAAAUAAAACCAACUCCAAUGCUGGAUGUAGUCUUCAGUUACUCGAUGUUACCACCGAAACUCAGGAAGCUGUUAAUUUAAAUAUGAUCCAUUGUAUGGAAUGCAAAAAAAUGUUCGAUUCAAUGGAAAUCUAUCUAAGACAUAUAUGCUUGAAAUCUAUUUUAAAAAAAAAUUAUGUGUCUGCUCCGUGUGAAAAACUUAAUGAAGAAUUAAACCCAAAAUGUGAUAAUGGAAAUAUAGAUGCUGAUGAUGUUAAUGACAAAUCAAAAAAAACUGUUAAGCGAUUCUUAAAAUGUGUUUAUUGCGAAAAGGAAUUCAGUAAUAGAGGUGUCUACAUGAAACAUGUUAAUUCACACCAGGAAAAUGGUUUACAUAUGUGUAAAUUUUGUACCAAAGGGUUCAGAAAACCAUCUGAUUUAGGCCGUCAUUUGAGAACUCAUACAGGAGAAAAACCAUUUGCAUGUGAUCAGUGUGAUAAGAAGUUUAGUUUGAAAUCUACCUUAGAAUUCCAUUUCAAAACACAUGAUCCAAGUGCUGCCAAAAAAUUUGUUUGUGAAGUCUGCAAUUCCUUUUUCACUUCUUUGUCUAGUAAAAAGCUACAUAUGCAUGUACAUACUGGUGCUAAACCUCAUAAGUGCAACUAUUGUGAACAACACUUCAGAACUAUCGCCCAUAGGAAAUGUCACGAGAAGAAAAUUCACCUCAAUAAUCAAGGAAAAAAAGUGAAACAGAGCAAAGCUAAAAAAAUAACAAAUAUUCUUGCAGCAGCAGUGGAUAUGGCUGUUAAUGAAGCUGUCAGUGAACACCAAAAUUCAGAACAAGAUGAUAUUUCCAGAUAUUGUGAAAUUCAGGUACCAAAAAUACAAAUGGAUUUUGCUGAACCCCCCUCAGAUUCAGUUCAAAUCGAUCAAACACUUUUACAACUACAAAGCCCUAAUAUCUUCCUUCAAGAAAUAGAUGAUUUAGCCUGUUCAGAAAGUGUUGAAGAUUUGGUGGAUAUGGAAGAUGAAUAUUUUGUAGAGAAUAUUUCAAAGAACGCAGAUGAAAAUUUUGUCUGCCACAUAUGCCAAGGAGAGUUUGAAACUUCAGAUGACCUUUACAAACAUGUGCAAUUACAUUCAAAGAAAUUUGAGUGCGACCAUUGCAGAUCAUCAUUUUCUUCCAUUAAUGAACUGACUGAACAUCAACAAUCUCAUUUAGCUAGUGAAUCUUAUUCUUGUUUCCUCUGUGAUAUUAGUUUAGCGGGAGUCCAUAUGUUGAAAGAUCACUUAAGAAGUGUUCAUCAAAUAGUUGACACAUCCUCACAGCUUAUUUUUUAAAGGAGACUACGAAGAUUAUUUAUUCUCUUUCAUAUUUUAAAUAUAAAUUUAUGAUUUUUAAUAGUUUAUUGUUUUUAAAUAUAUUAUUCUGGACUAGUCCUGCAUUUGAUAUUUUGUGACAAAAAAUACUGCUUUAAUAUAUAAUUUAUAAUUUA